AUUGUUUGAUACAGAGUACAGUGUCGUCGUCUCGUCCCUCAAACCGAUUUUGAAAUCCAAAAUAUUCGAAAAUAGAUCGUGCCCAUUGCCUAUAGUUGUACGUCUUGUGUUCGGUGAUUAAUUUCUUUGUCGCCAAACGAAAGUCUUAAGUUUCCAAAAUGCCAAGAGGAAAGUGGACCAACCACAAAGGACGGAGUCGCAGGUUUACAAAUCCCGAAGAACUAGAAGAACAGAGAAAACGCGAGGAACAGGAGAGAAGGUGGAAGAAAAAUAACAGAGGCGAUGAUGAAUCGUCGAGUGAAGAAGAAGAAAAACCCGCGACCAAAGGAGACAAGAGCAAUAGUGAGGACGAAUCGGAAAGUGAAAGCGAAUCCGAAGAAGAAUCCGAUGAUAAUAAAAAAGGUGUCGCAGGCCUGAUACAAAUCGAGAAUCCAAAUAGGAGACAGUUAAAAGCAAAGAAAUUAGCUACGCUUAACGAAACUUUAGACACAGCAGAACCAGCCCAAUUAUCUAGACGUGAAAGAGAAGAAGUUGAAAGACAACGGAAAAAACUGCACUAUCAAAAGCUGCAGGCUGAAGGUAAAACAGAUGAAGCAAGAGCAGAUUUAGCUAGAUUAGCAAUCAUUAAACAACAACGUGCGGAAGCCGCAAAAAAGAGAGAAGAUGAGAAAAAAGAAAAAGAGAUGGCUAAAAUUCUAAAAUCAGCGGAGACGCAAAGAGCACUCGGAAAAUAGAGCAAUUUAUAUUAUGGACUGAUAUGUAAUGUAAGAAUUAAAUUACUAUUAUGUUCAAUUAUUAUAUUAGGCAGCCAUUUUCUUAUGCUACCAUAAUAUAUGCUUUCAGUUAUAAUAGCUACUUUAAUUGUCAUGAUUUACAGACAUUCAUCUAAAAUAUAUACCUAAAAAAUGUUGUUUACAUUAUUUUAAAGUUUUUUUUUUUUUUUUUUUGUAACUGUAAAUUCCCUAUUUAAAUAAUAUCCACUUCAUUCAGUUUAGCCAUUUUCACAGAUAAUACAAGUUAUAAAAAUUAUAUAUUAUUAUUUAUAUAAUAUUAUGUACAUUAUAUAUUAAACUUUUGUUUCUAUUUUC